CUCGUUUCUUGAAGAUCUUGCAAUUUUUGCGCGUACUCUUCAGUAUCGGUGCUCGUAUCAUUCGCUCUAGUGACGUCACUUGCAGAAAAUACAUUCAAGGACCGGCACCACUCGCCGUUAAACGGGGUGAGCCAACACUUGUCUUCAACCCCAUGAAAAGUUUUAUCCGACCAAUGGGAAUCGCUGGUGCUGCCGUGCACCGCCCAAUCACGGCAAGAUCGUCAUUGAGAAAGACGAGCACAAGCGGGGGAGGCCGAGAUCUUAAGAGGACCUGUUAAGGAUGGUACCGCCACACUCUGUUGCUCGCGUCCUGAAAGACAGUGAGUUGUCAGUGGAUCACAAAUCAAAUCGUAUAUAUCGCGCAAGAUAUUGAGAAAUAAAUUCCAUUGAUAAACGAAAUUACUGAGGAGAAAAAUUCUUUUGUUGUCACAUUGUUUCGCAAAUUUUUUUAUCGUGAAAAUUAUCAUGAGUGGAUCAGGAAAGAGUCUCCUCGGGGUGUGGUUAUACAGGAGAGGCGAGAGUUGGGCUGUCAAAGAAGGAAGUCCGCUACACAAAUCGCGCAAUCUCCCCGUGGAUGAGGGUAAUCAAGCCAACGACAACAAGAAUUCUGUGAUAUUUUCCCUGAAGAAUCAAAUCGGUGGCUUAGCGCGAGCGCUUCAAGUAUUUCAGGAUUUAGGUAUAAACGUCGUGCAUAUCGAAUCGAGAAAGUCUAUGCGCCGCGGCUCCGAAUACGACAUCCUCGUGGAUGUCGAGUGCGAUCCGAGGAGGAUGGAACAAUUGAUGAAAUUGUUGAGCCGCGAAGUAGCGGCUAUCAAUCUUGCCCAUUAUGAGCAAAUCGGAAGUAUACCACGCGCACCUUCUCUCUCGGCCGCGACAAGCUUCGAUUUUAGUGAAGUCGACAUGCCCUGGUUCCCGCGAAAGAUAUCGGACCUCGAUCGUGCGCAGAAAGUUCUCAUGUACGGCUCAGAAUUGGACGCGGACCAUCCCGGUUUCAAAGAUCCCAUAUAUCGUAAACGUCGCGAGGAGUUUGCCGACAUUGCCUAUAAUUACAAGUACGGUCAACCGAUACCAAAGGUGCAAUAUAGGCCGGAAGAAAUCAGAACUUGGGGAACUGUUUUCCGUGAAUUGCAUCAACUCUACCAAAAAUACGCGUGCAAAGAAUAUUUGGAAAAUUGGCCGAAGUUAGUCAAAUAUUGCGGAUACAGAGAGAACAAUAUACCGCAACUGCAGGAUGUGAACGUUUUUCUAAAGCGAACAACGGGAUUUCAACUUCGUCCGGUCGCGGGUUAUCUCACACCGCGAGAUUUCCUUGCCGGACUUGCUUUUCGAGUGUUCCACUGCACCCAAUACAUUCGACACUCUUCCGAUCCAUUUUACACGCCGGAACCAGAUUGUUGUCAUGAACUGCUGGGCCAUAUGCCGCUACUUGCCAAUCCCAGUUUUGCGCAAUUUUCUCAAGAACUUGGUCUGGCUUCUCUCGGUGCAUCGGAUGAAGACAUAGAUAAAUUGGCAACUCUAUACUUCUUCACCGUGGAGUUUGGAUUGUGCAAACAGGAUGGUAUGUUUCGUGUUUACGGAGCCGGUCUGCUUUCGUCGGUGGCGGAAUUGAGACACGCGGUAUCCGCACCCGAGAAAACCAUGAGAUUUGAACCGGACGUCACGUGCAAGCAGUAAUGCAUCAUCACUGCGUUUCAGAAUGCGUAUUAUUAUACGGACAGCAUAGAGGAAGCAAAAGAGAAAAUGCGAGCGUUUGCUAAUCAGAUUGAACGACCAUUUGGGGUACGCUACAAUCCGUAUACCCAGUCAGUGGAGGUGUUGACAGAUGCCCAGAAGAUCACGGCUGUGGUUAGCGAGCUGCGAGGUGAUCUUUGCAUAGUGUCAAACGCCCUGAAAAAAAUCCAUGAACAGGACGAUACCGUUGAUGUCGAGAGGAUAACCAGCCUGUUGACUCACGGCAUCGAUAUUCCGCAGGAUAGUUCGCCCUCGGAGAGCGAUGAUAGUCCUAAUGUCGAAGAGUCUCAUCCCCAAGAAGACCAGCAGUUGCAUUGCGAUGAUAAAGAUGUAGUCGCUAUGGGAGAUUAAGAGAUUGAUAUCAUUACUGAUUGCAUGCUUCUUAAAUUUUUAAAAAUGUUUGAGGAAAUCAACGAAAAUAUCUUCAGAAAUAAUUUAUUUCUCUCGCGAAAGCAGAUGAGAUAUAACUCUGCUAUCUCACAAAAAAUUAAUUUUUUGAGAAGUUAAUCGAUAUGCAAGAUUAAAAGAGGCUGCAUAAAAUAGAAUGAAUGAGAAGGAAUUAUCAGUUCACCUAUCUAACUUUAGGGUAUACACUUUAGAGUAAACAAUCGAUCAGAUUAAAUUUUAACAAUAUGUAAACAAUAUGUGAAAUGAAACAUAAUGAAUAAUGAUAUUAAACAAGAAUUUUUCCUUUCGAUAAGGAACCGAGGGAGAUCAUAUAUAAGUAUAAAUGCAAAAAUUAAUGGAAUUGAGAGCCGAAAAAUUUUGAUUCAUCAGCAUAAUACAGCAUGUAUUUUCGACUUUGACCCCGUUUCUGUUAAAUGUACAGGCAAAAUGUUAUAUAUGUAGAAUGCCAUUAAUGUAUCGUAAUUAAAUUAAAAAUAAAU